AUGCUUACUGAAAUGGAAGAGAAAGGUUGUCCUCCAAAUGAUUGUACGUAUAACAUAAUUAUUCGAGGGUUUAUCAAUAACAAUGAGACAGUAAGGGUGACAGGACUUAUUCAACAAAUGGUGGAGAAGGGUUUCUCAGCAGAUGCAUGGACUACAGAAUUGAUAGUUGAACUAUUGGGUAAAGAUAAAGUAGAUCCUGCAUUGUUGCCAUUGAUGCAAAAAGAGAAUUAUGAACUGAAUUUGCCUCAGUUAAAGUUGAACAGAUCUUCUGACCAUCCCAAUAAACAUUGA